AUGGGCAGCAAUCUGCCUUAUGCGAUAGAUGCGGAAACGCCGCUCAACCCGGCCGAGCUCCAGGUUCUCCGGGCGCAAUACGAGAAGGAGGGUGAGAUGGUCGGCGUCCAGACCAAGUUCAACUACGCAUGGGGUCUGGUGAAAUCGAACACGCGACCCGAUCAGCAGCUCGGCGUGAUGCUGCUCACUGAGAUUUUCAGAACAUCCCCGGAGAGGCGGCGGGAAUGCCUAUACUAUCUGGCCCUGGGGAACUACAAGCUUGGAAACUACGGGGAGGCGCGGCGCUACAACGACCUCCUGCUGGAGAAGGAGCCGGCGAACCUGCAGGCCUCCAACCUGGCGACGCUGAUCGAUGACAAGGUGCAGAAGGAGGGACUCAUGGGCGUGGCCAUCAUAAGCGGCGUGGCUGUUGCAGCGGGUGUGUGGAAGCUGGUAGAUUCGGGUGGACGCCAGUGGUACCAGGGACGUGGGCGAGGCGGUGCGUCAGAGCCCCACACGGCACCUGUGGAGCGAGUGACAGUCACUCGUAGCCUUCGAUGGAAGCAUGACCAAUACAAGGCAUCAAAUCCGACACCCGCCUCGGGCAACGCUCUUCCCUUCUCAACAACAUCCACCGACCUCCAGGCCGCUUCUUUGAUUACGAACCCGCGCACCAGCGGACGUCCAAGCGGUCAGCUAUUGAAUUCCACCACUUUCUUUCUUCAGCCUUAUCGAGGAGCCGGAUCGCGCCGCCCCUCCGGUUUCUCGGCCCUGAUCUCGGUCGGCUUGGGCCUCGCGGCUCUCACGGCCUACCAAAACAAUCAAGAGGGCCGGCCACAGGAGAGAAUGUCGGCUCCUCGUCACCUUGACGCCUUUGCCGGCCGCGAGGUUGUCUUCUGUCACCACUGCCAUGACGAAUGGUACAAGGACGAGCAUGGAUUAGUUUGCCCAGCCUGCCGCUGCGAAAUCACCGAGAUUGUCGAGCGCGACAACGAUCCGCGCGAUAUACGACCUGACCCUUCCACGUCUAGUCACGAUAGAGUUAACAACGAUAGCGUGGACUACGACUCAGAUCCCGCGGAGGCUGAUAUCGAGGACCACGUCCACCGUGGCCCCGGCGGCUUCUAUAUGCAUCGAACCAUAUUUCGAUCACCGUCACAACAACCAGAUGGAUCGCCUGGACCAAACGGCCGCAGGCCUGCUGACCCCACAGAUGGCCAGGAUAUCUUGCAGCGUUUCACCGAAAUGCUCAUGAACGAUUUCAGGGCUGGACCGCCAGGUCGAUCAGGACCCGAUGUUCUCUUCCCUCCGGACGGCGACAACCACGGCUUUGGAUUUGCUGGCCCCCCUCGAGUGCACCGGACGACUUUCAUGUCUCCUGGAGGAGGCACGGCCAGUUUCACGAUAGCCACAGCUCCCUUAACUCGUGGGGGCCCUGGCAACUUUGAGUCGUACGUUCCCCGCCACAGCGGCUCUCGAUCGGCCGCGCCCGGAGUCGUUUUCUUGCGAAUUGCUAACGCCCCGACCAGUGUCUUUGGUAAUAUCAUGGGUGAUAUACCGCCACCUGCUCCUCGAGACGCGUCUGGAGGCGAGGGACCCCAGGUUGGCGGGAUCCCCCCAGGAUUCCCUGCUUCACUCCAUCAAAUCCUCUCCGCCAUCCUGAACCCGGCCUCAGCCGUCCAUGGCGACGCGGUCUAUUCCCAGGAAGCACUGGAUCGCAUCAUUACAUCCUUGAUGGAGGCAAACCCCCAGUCUAACGCUGCACCCCCCGCCUCUCAGGUCGCAAUCGAGAAAUUGCAACGUCGAAAGCUCGACGACGAUCUCCUCAGUAGCGACGGCGAGAACAGUUGCAGCAUCUGCAUCGAGAACAUGCACAAGGGUGAUGAGGCAGUCGUUCUGCCUUGUAAGCAUUGGUUUCACGACGAGUGCGUCACGCUGUGGCUCAAGCAGCACAACACAUGUCCGGUCUGUCGCCGCCCCAUCGAGGGCUCUGCGCCCCAAGACGCUGCACCGCAGCAGCCAGCCGCUGCUCCGGAAUCAAGACCGCAAGGCGCGCAGCAGAGCGGAUUCUAUCCUGCAAUGUUCGUGACCGGACCAGCGCCAGCUACCGAGUCGAACACCCCCCAUCGGCGGCAGCCGAGGGGUUGGCGAAGCGCCGCCGAGAAUGAAGAGAGGCUCAAUGCUAUUCGCAAUGCUGGUGGCACCGCGUACGCGGGCUCAUCCUCGACCAACCGGCGGAGCUCACACUCGCCCCCUCGUCCCCGGGUGCAGACUCCGAUGGAUCAGGCGUCGAGGGCUACUUUUAGGCAACGAAGCCCUUCUCCUGAGUGGCGAUUUGGUCAGGGGAGCCAGCGCCAUGGGGGCAACGACUCUCGCGAUCGAGGUAGUAACAGCUCCGGGAGCGGAAGCGGAAGCAGCGGUCCCUUCAGCUGGCUUCGGGACCAUUUAAGGGGCAAUAAUAACAACAAUAACAAUAACAACGGAUCGAGGCGCUGA